AUGGCUGAUCAAGACGAUAUUCGAACUCCGUUGGUGCCUCAAAUCAUCGAUGAAAAACAAGUUAGCAAAGAGAACAACUUCAUGGUCUAUCUCAGCACAUUUGUUGCUGUUUGUGGCUCUUUCGCCUUUGGAGCAUGUGCGGGUUACUCGUCGCCUAUACAAUCAGCUAUCACAGAAGAUCUAAAGUUGUCACUAGCUGAGUAUUCGCUGUUUGGCUCAAUUUUGACAUUUGGUGCAAUGAUUGGGGCAAUAACGAGUGGACCCAUCGCUGACAUAGUUGGUCGCAAAGGGGGUUUGAGGAUAUCUAGUGUUUUCUGUUCGGCAGGAUGGCUAGCAAUUUACUUUGCAGAGGGACCUUUGGCACUGGAUAUCGGACGACUGGCAACAGGAUACGGGAUGGGAAUGUUUUCUUAUGUUGUACCUGUAUUCAUAGCAGAAAUAUCACCCAAAAAUCUUCGGGGCAGGUUGACAGCAGCGAAUCAGCUUAUGAUCACUGCAGCGGUGUCGCUUUCCUUCAUCAUUGGGACCAUGAUACCAUGGAGGAUCUUGGCCCUGAUAGGAUUGGCUCCAUGCAUAAUUUUGGUGAUGGGAUUGUUUUUCAUACCUGAGUCUCCGAGAUGGCUGGCUAAGACAGGCAACCAGAAAGAGUUUUGGGUUGCACUUAGAAAACUUCGAGGGAAAGAUGUCGAUAUAUCUGUAGAGGCGGCUGAAAUCCAGGAUUACAUAAAAACGCUAGAAAGGCUCCCAAAAGCAAAAGUAUUUGAUCUAUUUCAGAAAAGAUACUCACGAUCUGUCAUUAUAGGAGUUGGGUUAAUGGUAUGCCAACAAUUUGGAGGAAUCAAUGGCAUCGUUUUCUACACGAGUAGUAUAUUUGAGUCUGCAGGAUUUCCUGCUGAUCUUGGAACAAUAAUGUAUGCUUUGUUACAAAUCAUGAUUACAGCGCUAAUUUCACUCUUUGUAGACAAAGCCGGUAGAAAGCCACUUUUACUGAUUUCCGGGACAGGCCUGGUUUUGGGAUGUCUUCUGGUAGCACUUUCGUUCUUCUUGAAGAGUUAUGAAAUUGGACUAUCAGCAGUACCUGCACUUGCCGUAUCUGGAAUGAUGUUGUAUAUAGGCUCGUUUUCAGCUGGAAUGGGAGCAAUUCCAUGGGUUAUAAUGUCCGAGAUAUUCCCUAUUAAUAUAAAAGGAGUGGCUGGAAGCCUCGCGACUUUGGUAAACUGGUUUGGUGCAUGGGUUAUGUCAUAUACAUUCAAUUUUCUAUUGAGCUGGAGUUCAUAUGGAACGUUCAUCAUCUACGCAGCGAUCAAUGCAGGUGCAAUUGUGUUUGUGAUUAAAAUGGUGCCCGAAACUAAAGGAAGAACACUAGAACAAAUACAAGCUUCCAUCAAUGGCUAGAAUAAACUAGGAUAUGAUAGAAGGAAAUCAUGGUUACAAACUCAUCAA